UUGUGCAAUUGCUCCUCCCUAUUGUUCGGAAAAAAGUACUUGAUCAAAUCUCCCAAGUCCUCUCAUCUGAACAUUCGUGUUUGCAUGGCCAUAUCAGUAAGUUUAGUUCCCUUGCAUCAGUAGCAAUGAUGUUGCUGGGUUGUUGAGGCGGGAAGGUGACGAUUAACAUUCUGCUGUUGACUUGCCCAACUCCAUAAGCCAGCCUUGUUUGUCAAGUUUAUCAAGGAUAACUCAUUGUAUGUUCUUCCUCGGGCUGUCACAAGUCUGUGUUGGCAAAGAAGCAAACCAGUAAUGGUAAAUGAAAACAACUGCAUAGCUGAGACCGCUCUUCUUGGAGGUGCUCUUGAAGAUUCGAUAGCUAUGCCUGAAUCCACUCACUUCCAUGACACCAUCAAGUGCAUCCAUGUUGAACGCGCUCAUUUGUCUUUAGUGGAAACGCCACUUAAAAGCACUUUGUGGGUUGGUGGAGCUUGGCGAGCUUAAAUGUCUCUCGUACAUAUAAUUUCAAGGAUGAUAUGGAAGUGUUUUUCCCAUUCAUGUAAAUACAGCCAAUUACACACCAUCAGUUAACAAGCUUUUGGAGGGACUGGGAGGGAUUGAAGAAAGAUCAUCUUCUAGUCGAUAAUAAACCUUUUGCAUUGUUUCCUUCAUCUAGCAAGAGAUAUUCCCCUUCAGAGGAAGGACGCAGCGAUCUUCAUUCAAUUUUUGACUGGAAAGCUAGUUCCACUUCCAAACAGGUAGAGAAAUUGCAAGAAGACUUAGAUGCAGAGCCCACACUUUAUGCAGGAGACGCCCGUUCCAUUCCACAGUUGCUGCUGCAUCUUCCAAGCCUGAUGACUCGUCCAUCACCCCUCCAGAAGCUUGGGGUGGGGAGAGAUUAUCCGAUAAAUCCACUCACCACCGCCCACCAGGCAAUUGGCCGUCUUGCUUUGCGAUGUUGAUGUCUACUAGUCUGAUGUCAGGAAUCAGGAUCAAUGUUUUCUGGAUUCCAAGAUCUUGCUUUGUCAAAAAGCCAAACGAGUACGAGCUACCCGACAAGUUCAAGCCUAACCGUGCCAAGUUUACACUCCCGAAACACUUCCUCCUAUCUAGAGACUUCACUUGGAUUCCCAGAGCACGUUCCCUUCAAUUCCACAUCUCUUUCUUCUAAUCCUGAUUGUUUGUGGCCAGCGUUAUCCCCUUGAAGAUAUUCUACUUAUGCUGAGAGGAUAAGUACUAUUUAUCCUUGAGUGAUAGAACAGCAUCUCUUCUUGUGCGUUCACCAAAAACAAUGAAAACGGGAGCUGAAGCAAAGGAUGUAUGUUGGAAUGUAUCACAACCACCGAAAAUCCCAUCUCAAAAUGACGCACAGGAGGGAAGCUCCUUUUCGCUUCACCUGUUUCGACGCGCACUCAAAGAAACUCUAGCUUCCUUUCAAAAAUUGCUUCUUGAAGAUACGAGGAACCUUCAUAUUGAAGUUUUAAGACGGUUCCAUAUGCAGGAGAUGGAAAUGUCGAGCGCGGUGAGCUCAUUUUCAGCUAAACCAAGUUGAGCUUGGGCAGAUGUUCAGUCGUUCCGUUAGGAAAUCCAGCAGCUCCGUCAAUUAGUAUAAUCACGGGCAGAGGCUUACUUUUCUUGUGUCCUUUCACUUCUCUAUUUGGUGUCCGGAUCAUGGAUUUGUGGUGGGAUUUACCAAGGAAAAUUAACUCGGCAAGAAAUUCAAAGAACCCGACGUAGACUAUUCACUUCAUUAUUGCCUUCAACUCUGUACCAUUACCGCAAGCAGAAUUGCAAAUGAGCAAUUGUACCACGACAAGCGAGUAAAGAGGUCUACGAAGAAAAUUGUACACAUAACACGGUUUGUUUGUUUGUUUUUUUAAAAAGCGAUUGCGUACAGAUGAAGCUCGAAUG